AUUGGUCGAAAUGAUGCAAACAGGGACUCUAUUUAGUUUGCACGGAUUGAAGUGGUAGAGAGUGACUUCGGAAUUCGUGUUCGCUCUUGUGAUUCUUUUCAGCACAAAAAAAAAAAAAAACCAACAAAAAAACAAAAUGAGAGAAAUUGUUCAUUUGCAGGCGGGCCAGUGUGGGAACCAAAUUGGAGCUAAGUUCUGGGAGGUCAUAAGUGAUGAACAUGGUAUCGACCCAACCGGUAGUUACCAUGGAGAUAGUGACCUGCAGCUGGACAGAAUUAGUGUGUAUUAUAACGAAGCCUCUGGUGGGAAGUACGUCCCCAGGGCGGUCCUGGUCGAUUUGGAGCCAGGCACUAUGGACUCUGUGAGGUCUGGACCAUUUGGCCAAAUCUUCAGACCAGACAAUUUUGUCUUUGGUCAGAGUGGAGCUGGAAACAACUGGGCCAAAGGGCACUACACAGAGGGAGCAGAGUUAGUGGACUCUGUUUUGGAUGUAGUGAGGAAGGAGGCAGAGAGCUGUGACUGCCUGCAGGGCUUUCAGCUCACCCACUCCCUGGGUGGGGGCACGGGUUCUGGCAUGGGCACGCUGCUGAUCAGCAAGAUCCGCGAAGAGUAUCCCGAUCGGAUCAUGAACACGUUCAGCGUUGUGCCUUCUCCCAAAGUGUCAGACACCGUUGUUGAGCCCUACAACGCUACGCUUUCAGUUCAUCAGCUGGUGGAGAACACAGAUGAGACGUAUUGCAUCGAUAACGAGGCGCUGUAUGACAUCUGUUUCCGCACACUGAAGCUCACAACACCCACCUAUGGGGACCUCAACCAUCUGGUGUCCGCCACCAUGAGUGGAGUCACCACCUGCCUGCGGUUCCCUGGUCAGCUCAAUGCUGACCUGCGCAAGUUGGCGGUCAACAUGGUGCCCUUUCCUCGUCUACACUUCUUCAUGCCUGGUUUUGCCCCACUCACCAGCAGAGGCAGCCAGCAGUACCGUGCACUGACAGUACCUGAACUCACCCAGCAAAUGUUUGAUGCCAAGAACAUGAUGGCCGCCUGUGACCCACGCCACGGCCGCUACCUGACGGUGGCAGCGGUUUUCCGUGGUCGCAUGUCCAUGAAGGAAGUGGAUGAGCAGAUGCUGAAUGUACAGAAUAAGAACAGCAGCUACUUUGUGGAAUGGAUCCCAAACAAUGUAAAGACCGCUGUAUGUGACAUCCCGCCACGUGGCCUCAAGAUGGCCGCCACUUUCAUCGGCAACAGCACAGCUAUCCAGGAGCUGUUCAAGCGCAUCUCGGAGCAGUUUACUGCCAUGUUCAGGCGCAAGGCCUUCUUGCAUUGGUACACCGGGGAGGGCAUGGAUGAAAUGGAGUUCACGGAAGCAGAAAGUAACAUGAAUGACCUGGUAUCUGAGUAUCAGCAGUACCAGGAUGCCACUGCAGAGGAGGAGGGUGAAUUUGAGGAGGAAGGUGAAGAGGAUUUGGGUUAAGGGCUCCUGUCAGACAGAUGCAGGGGUUGUGACACAUUUGUUUGUUCACAUUUUCCGUUUUGUUGCCUGUCCUAUUAUCCCUUGUGUUGGCAGACCUUACUGCGCUCUGUACAUACUGAGCCAAUAAACAAUUUUAUGGGCA